AUGUUGCACUUCUCAAUACGGCGUCGCUCGCUGGCCCCGGUCCUGUCGCUGCUCCUCGCCAUCUCUCUCGCCCUCUUCUCCAGCCUCGUCUCCGCCCUGCCCUCAGCAACCGGCAACCGCGUCCUCGUAGUCAUCGAGCCGUCCGUCAAGUCCACCUACUCGACCUUCCUCGCCUCGCUCUCCUCCCGCGGCUACAGCGUCGAAUUUAAGGCCCCACGCGAUGUAAAGCCACAGCUGGUCCAGCACGAUGUUCUCUCCUACGACCACCUCAUUCUUCUCUCGCCUGCAGCCAAGUCGCUGGCUGCAGACAUCUCACCACAACAGCUCGUAGAGUACCUCAAGACCGGCGGCAACAUGCUCGUUGGCCUCGAUUCCACCGCUAGCGAGAUGCACCGCGACUUUGCGCGCGAGUUCUCGCUCGAGUUCGAGGAAAGGGGCAGUGCGCUCGUCGACCACUUCCGGUACAGCGAUCAGGAUGCUGGCAAUCACACUUCUGUGCUCGUUGGUGGGAAGAAGAGCGCUACGGCGAGGCUGAGCACGGGCGGACUAGUGCCCAACACGAACGUCUUCUCGACAGAAACGUUGCGAGCGGCGAAGGACGCACCGUUGUUGUACCGCGGAAUUGCGCACAGGGUGGGAGCCAACCCGCUCGCCUUCCCGCUCAUCCUGCCCCCUGCGACGAGCUAUUCCUCGGACGUACCCGCGCUGGUCAAAGAGCAAGACGAUGUGGUCGAAUCGACCUCGUACUCCACCCCGGCACCGGUCACCGUCACCACGACCAGGAUCGUUGAUGGUGAAGCGUUCACGUCUGAAAUCCUCUCCACACCACGCGCCGUACCGACCGUCGUCAAGAGUAAAGCAGCCAGCAAGCUGGGCAAGAACGGCUGGGUCGCGAAGAACCGCGCUAGCCUAGAAUCUCUCGAGUCACGCAAGGAGCUCGUUGCGGGUCUUCCGACCUCUGCUUCCACGCAAGUCGUCUCGCUCGUAUCAGGCUUCCAGCUGGCAUCCAAUAGCGCACGUGCCGUCUUCCUCGGCUCGACGGAUCUGCUUUCCGACGCCUUCUUCUCGGACUCGCUCUGCGGCAAGGUCAACGAGCUGGUGGUGAGCGAUCUGACCAGCUGGGCUUUCCAGGAGAAGGGCGUGCUCAAGGUCGUUGCUACACACCACCACCGUGUCAAGUCAUCGCCGUCUGACACGCGCGAGGACUACGAGGAAACGGAAGAGGGCAGCAGGAUGUAUCGCAUCAAGGAUCAUGUCCAGUUCAGCGUCGAUCUCGUGCAGCACCACCCUCAGCUCGGUUUCAUUCCUGCGGACAAGAGCCUGGAUCUGCAGGUGGCGUUCAAGAUGCUGGAUCCGUACAUCACUGCCCACCUUGCGCCCGUCGACUCGGGCAACUUCACCCAUAUCUCCCCUGCCACAGUUGGAGCCGGUCAGGGGGAGAGCCAGGCUUUCCAGAGAUUCGAGACAACCUUCCAGGUGCCCGAUCGUCACGGCGUGUUCACAUUCCAUCUCGAUUUCAAGCGCCAGGGAUUGAGCUUUGUCGAGAGCAAGGACACCGCUCCCGUAAGGCCGUUCAAUCACGACGAGUAUCCAAGGUUCCUCAGCUCGAGCUGGCCGUACAUCACAGGCGCGUUCAGCACUGUCGCUGGCUUCCUUGUGUUUGUCGCCAUCUGGCUCACCAUCAGGGAUGAGCCGAGCACGGGCAAGAAGAACAAUUAG